GGGGCGGAACGCAGGUUGGCGGUGAGGGAGUCGGACCGGAAAGUGCUCAGAGGGUGCAGCGAAGAUGGCGGCCACCGUGGAGAUGUCACGAGGGCGGUCGGCAGCGGGCGAGGAGUUUGCGAGUGAUUCUGAGAUAAGCUCAGGACUUCCAGAUGACAACUACUCUUCUGGGGAUGAAGCCUUGGAUGGAGAUGAUGAGGAUGAAGUGGCAGCAGAUGGGCAUGAAGAGAGUGCAGACUCCAAAGCUGGUCCUGGUUCAGGCUGGGCAGAUGCCAUGGCAAAAGUGCUUAACAAAAAGAUACCACAAAAUAAGUCCAUCAUCUUGGCCAAGAAUAAAAAACUGGAGAAGGAGAGAGAAAAGGAGAAACAAGAAAGACUGGAGAAGAGGAUGAAGCUCGAUAAAAAGCGGGAGUGGGAAAUGAUGUGCCGAGUGAAGCCAGAUGUUGUCAGAGACAGAGACAGAGAGAGAAAUCUUCAGAGAAUUGCCACAAGAGGUGUUGUGCAGUUGUUUAAUGCUGUCAGGACACACCAAAAGAAUGUUGACGAGAAAGUGAAGAAAGGUGUGAAAUCUGAAAGGCAACGUGCUAAACUGCUAUCAUCUGUUUCAAAGAAAGAUUUCAUCAAUGUUUUAAGAAGCAUGGAGGGCACUAAAGGAAACAAUAACUCUGCUAAGAAGGCUGCAAAAAGUGAACAGGGUGAAGUGAAGUCUGAAGAGGGACCAGAAUGGAAUAUACUGCGUGAUGACUUCAUGAUGGGAGCAUCUAUGAAAGACUGGGAUAAGGAAAGUGAUGGAGAGGGCAGUACUGAACAAGCAGGUGGUUUAAAACAAGAAGAUGACAGUGACUGAAUGAAACUGAAAACAUUUCAAGAUACUUUAUCUUUCUUUAUUUGGAUUACAAGUCAACAUUCUGUGAAUGUACAAUACUUGGAGGCUGUCUCUUCUUAACAAGAGUCUUGCACAAAUUGAUUGUGUUUUAUUUCCUACAGUGUCCAACUUUUUAAAUAUAGAUUCAUUUGCUGUACUGAAAUCCUGAAAUAUUUUUCAAAAUAUGUAUAAUUUUCAACAUAUUUCCAAAACAUUUUGUGCAGUCAAAAUAGUGGCACUUGCCCAAUGAAAGAUGGAUUUUGCCAAGGUCAUUAAAAGUUUAUACAUUAGUCAUGGCAAUCGGUGUAUUAGUGCGCCUGCAUUUCCAAAUCAGUGUUACACUUUGAAAAGUUGUUAGCAAUUCACGGUAGAAAUGGCUUACAAUAAACACAGAAAUGCUGUCACCUUGUAAAGUUAUCAGGCUCCUAUAGAGACUUUAUUACUUUGGCUAGGAAAGGUUUUGUAGAUAAUAAAGAGAAGUAACCAUUAAUGUGAUAGUUCUGGUCUUGGAGCAUUAAUCUGAUUGAAGAUAACUAUGGAAAUUUAAUUGUAAAAUGAGUUUUGACCCUACUGAUUGGCUUUGUGUGUGUGUGUACUUAUAAAAAGUAGGUAUAAAAGCAUACAUAUGUAUGUAUGUUUUUCCACUCCGAGUCUGAAGUUACAUGUGUUAAGAGAACAGUAAGAGAGGAAAAGACAGUCACUGCUUUUGUGUUUGUUAGGGCAGAAAGGACUUUUCUAGCAACACUGUAUAAAAUUGUAUUUAGUGUUGCUUCAUUUGCAGUUCUGGUGUUCUGGUCUUUUUCAGUAAGGAACCGGACCUCUGAGACGCACUCUGGGUUUAGUCGACUAUAAUGCUAAUUCCUCAGGUCUGCAGAGGGUCAAACAAAAGCCUUUUCUCUUAGGUGCAUACUGUAAUGAUACCAAAUGUUGGCUUUGAUUGUGCUACACCAGUAUCUCCUGAUAGAUUGUUGGUUGUAAAGGUGCAGAAGCUAACUGCGUAAUACAAGUACUUCAUAUGCAAACAAAUGUAUACAGAAGGAAUAGCAUGGUCCUUAAGGAGUUUUAGAUGAGAGGCUGGGGCUGAAUUCUGCCUCCUUUGUUUUGGAUUCUCUUUCUAAUGUUGUGCAGCUUGUUUAAUUUUGCUAUCGCAUUUCUCUGUUUCCCACCAGAAGAAAAUGCUUUGGGGUCUUUAAAUUGAUACUUUAUGUAUUUUGUGCUAUUCUGUCCGUAUCUACAUUUUCUUUCAUGCAAGCUUUUCUUCAUAACUGCUUAUGUGCAAUAUAUGAUUCGGAGAGCCUUAAAUUUUUACACUUCCACACUGAAAUGUGUGGUAGAAUGGUGGAUUUAGGUUUUUCAAUGAAAGCAUUGAGGAGGGUUGGGGGGUGGUGAACUCUGUGUAUAUUACAGUUUAAAAAUAUACAUACAGAAUGAUACAGAGAAACCCAUCCUAAUAACUGGCAGUGGUUGUGUUAUCCCUAGCCUAUUCAUCUGGUAUACAUUGUAGCAUAAUUCUUUGAGGAGAACUCAAAGCUAACAGCAGAAAUGUUUAGAUUUUCAAGCUGCUUUGAGUGUUAAACAUAUUAGAUAUCUGGGUAGACAUUAGUUUGUGGCCUGAUAUUUAUUAUCACAAAUGAAGGCAUACACCCAAAAUAUCAAGUGGCGAAACCACAGACGUUUGACAUAUGGUUAUCGUAGCUUCUGAAGGUUAGACAUCUGUACAGCUGUUCAGCUAGAGCUGGCAUCUUAUAGAGGAUUACAAAAAUAUACUACAGUGAAUUCUGAGUCGAUAAAACAGCGUAAUGGUCUAAUGUGACAUUGUUUUCUUUCUGUAGAGUUUAGUUACUUUGUGCAGAAAGACUACAUCAGCACCUUUAAAUCUGCAGUCAUUCUCAAUAUUAUUAUCAGUGGUCUCUGUCUGAGAUCAAGCUGUUAAAAUUAUCAGUUUCUAUGAAAAACUAGCUUAUGUCCUGAGGUGACUUUCAGAAUACUUAUGGGAUACUCAGAUGUUUAUAGGUUUUAUAAUUAAUUUGCUUAUCUUGAGCUUCUAUUCUGUUUAAAGUGCACAGCAGUGCUUAAGUAUUUUGCCUGUAGGUUGAGUGUUUCUAGCCUUUUAAGAGGCAUAAUAGACUUCUAUAUCAAAUAAUUUUAUAAUUCUGAUACUGUGCCUUGCCCUUUGGUUGUGCCAUAUGCAGAGAAGCUUCUGUAGUAACUUAAAUAGAUUAGUAAUUCCAAAAGAUAAACUUAUGUGUUUUGUGGCAGAUGAGAGCAGUAUAAUUUAAUUUUAGGCUGAUUUAUUUCACAAGUUUGACUAGCGAGUCAAAAGUGCUAAACCCUGUUUGGCCCAGAGAUCUUCCAGUCUCCCUUCUUGAUUGUGGGAUCAUUUGUCUCACCUACCUUCCUACCAGCUUUUUCAGUAAUAUUCUUUCCUUUUGGAUAGCUUUAAAUGAACAGCCUUUAGCAGCAUUUCCCAGCCGUUACAGCUCUCAGUCUAUUUUGCCUGCUCCCAUGAAUAUCUCUGCUUAGGCAGAACUGUGCUGCUGCCCUUCAUUCCAGAGAGCAUGAAUCAUCUUGACUUUGUAUAUUUCUGUACCUAUCUAUAUAAAGCCAAUAAAGAUGGGGUGGUUCCAGUUUUGUUAGGCUUCAAGCCAACUCUAGAGUAUGUAGAGUUUAAUAUUCUAUGGAUUGCAUGCAAGUAACAAGGUUUUGUUUAAUAAGAGAAGGCACAGGGUCAGCUCUUCCCAUGUCUGUUCUCCUUUCUAGUUUCUCAGCAAGAAAAGCAUGAUUUGGCCUAUGGAGAAAAGCACCAUCUCACUACUUUUCUUCCAGUCUGCUGCUAAGGAAAGACUAGUGGUGGAAUAUCAUUGUGCCUGAUGCUGCUGCACCACCUGGUCUUCCCUGAUGAAAUGGGUGAGGUCCUGCUUCUGCAGCUUUGAGGCAGCUCCUCCUGGGGUUCACAAACUGAGAAGAGCAAAAGAACUGGAGACGCUUUGAUGGAGGCCAUAAAAGCAUUCUGACUAUCUGAUGCUUCCAGAAGAAGGUGGUCUGUAAAGCUACAUUUGCUCAGAGCUGGCUCAGUAGCUGUCUUAAGGGAGGAAGGCAGAAGUCAUCUGGCACACAAUACUGCGCAACUUAAAAUGACAAACUCUUCUUUCUUAUGAAAUGUAUCUUGGCAUAGUUAAUAUCCACACAGAGCCGUCAUCAAUAUUGCUUACUUCCAACCCCUCCAAAUUGCUCAAUGAUUUCUUCAAGAGUUGCUGAAGUAAGAAGCGAGAGGGCCAGGAGAAGGAUUUAAAUGUUGAAGUCUACUAAGCUUGGAUUAAAUAGAUGGAAUUCUAGCACUAAAUAAGACAUUAAACUUAGACUCUGGGUCGUCAGUGAUAGACAUGGGAGACAGGAUGAAUUCUUGGUUAAUGUAUGGUGGAAAACUGUCUGUUUCCUUUGCUAUUAUCUUAAAGCAAUGGCUCUUGAUCUCUGGCAGUGUGUAAGCCUCAAAAGUUUCACCUCUGUAGAUAACCUAGCAGAUAAGAGAUUUUCCUUGGUUGUUCUUAAUCAGAUACAGUGUAGCUGAUACUACUUAGACAAAGCAUUUAGUUUUUGAAUGCAUCUUUGCAAUUGCUUUUCUCUCUUAAGGGACAUGUUGAAAUAAAAAUGUGGUCAAAUUAAAUAGCUUCAGCACCAGAGAUGCUUGUCUUGGUGCAAUGCUUCAAGCUUGGGGAUGAUUUCUGUUUAAACCCAUGUGUUUGUCAGAUAAUGAAUUAUGUUUUCUUCAAGCUUUCCUGUGUGACCGUGUGAGUACAGAUUACUUCUGAGAAACACUUUGGAAGGUGAUUUUAGGAGAAAGUAUUGUUUCCUCGUAAUGUCUCAAUCAUUCAAAUAGCUCAUGUUCCCAUGUCUGUAAAUGAAUUCUUCAAGCCUUUCAACAUUUUCAGUGAUUCUUAAUUUUGGAUUUGGUAUGUGCGUUGUUAAUUGUAUUAGAAUGAAUCUUUGGUUUCUUGUUCCAGG